UCUACAGUUAACAAUGACUUCUUCAAUUAUCGUAUUAGCUGCGUUAUUCGCCGUAUCACAGGCCUCGUAUUUGGGAUACUCGUCAGUUGGUCUGCCCGCUCCAGCCUAUCCAUAUUACGGUGGUGCCGUUGCCAGAGUGUCUCACGUACCUGUGGUGGCCCCCGUUACCAAGACAGUCGUCUCCGAAGCUCCCGCUGAAUACGAUUUUGGAUACUCAGUUAGCGAUCCCUACGCUGCACAAUACCAAUCGAGGGUGGAAUCUCGUCGUGGCCAUGAGGUUGCCGGCAGUUAUUCAUUUGUGGACGCCGACGGUCAUACACGCGUUGUAGAUUACACCGCCGGAGUCGGCGGCUUUAAACCCAUUGUGCGCAAGAUCUAAGGUCCCUUUUUUUUGAAUGCAGAUACUAAAAUGCAAUGUAAAUAUUGUUAAUUUUGUCUUGUUAAAAAACAAUAAAGCAAAACUUAUAUUGUA